AUGCCUGCUGCAAGUCGAGAAACAGACAUUUACAGGCGGGAUGCAAAACUUGACCACACCCUGUUAACUCCAGCUGAACGAGAAAAGCUCAUAGAGCCGUAUCUCCCGGAACCUCCAUUGAAACCUUCUUCACGACGCAGGAAGAAUGGCAAACUUGCAGGUAUCCCAACCGAUGGAAGGGGCCACUCACGGUUGGGCGUCCGAAAGUUCCUAAAACACCACUUACACCUCCUUGUGUACACGAUAAUACACGCGGUAUUCUCGAUUUACAUUCGAUUUCGCCAGGCCUACCAUGGGGUUAAGGACCGGAUACUGGCUAUUUUAUACUACCAUCACCGAACACCUGAGCUCAUACAAAAGGAUGUCAAAGGGUUGAGUCGGUUACCAAAACACCUCUCUAUUAUAUUGACGCUUCAGGAUGGCGGGAGAGGUGGUGCUGGCUUAGAAGCCCUUGUGGACGAAGUUGCGGAGAUUGCAGCUUGGUGUGCUUGUACUGGGAUACCAAUGCUUUCGGUUUACGAGAAGACUGGCAUACUGAAGGGCUACAUACCUGCAACUCAUAGGGCGAUAUCGCGAAAGCUCUCAUCGUACUUUGGUCCCGAACACCCGGCCGUCUUGUUGCGAGCUCCCCAUAUGCCUUCUAUAGAAUCCGCCGCGGGUACGCCCGUGAACGGCACUCCCGCGCCUAGCCCGGCUGUAAAAAACUUGAAUAUCCUUCUACUUUCAGCGGAGGAUGGUCGCGACUCAUUGGUGGACCUCACAAAGACUCUCGCAGAGAUGUCGCAGCGCUCGAAACUGUCAUCGAAAGACAUAAGCGCUGAUCUAGUUGAUGCCGAGAUUUCAGAGAGUGUCAUGGGAGAGCCGGAUCUAUUGGUCCUAUUUGGACCAACCGUUGAACUGUCAGGAUAUCCUCCCUGGCAAGUUCGACUUACGGAAAUUUUUCACGUGCAAGAUAAUCAGGACGUCGGGUAUCAGGUGUUUCUACGGGCAUUAUAUAAUUACGCAAAUGCCCAGAUGCGAUUUGGGAGGUAG